AUGAUAAAUCAGAAUAAAUUUCCAGAAAUUUCAGAAAAGGAUCUUAUUAGUUUUCAUGAGAAUCAUUUUAAUAGUGAAUCAUUAGGAAUUUUCAGUUCUUUUUUAGAAAAAGAUGAAAAAAAUAUAUUUAAUAAUGCAAAUUCUUUAGGAUUUCAUACAUAUGCAGACGGCAAUAUUAGGACUUUAAAUGAAGAGGAUAUAGCAUAUUUCAAAUGGUCCGAAUCAUUUAAAUCAAAAGCAGAACAUACAACUUAUUUUGUUUCAAAUAAAAACAAAACAGAAUCACUUGAAAAUGAAGAAAUGAAAGAAGAACUAAAGGCACAUGUACCUUCAUAUUCAAAGCUCGUUAGAAAUGAUGACGAACUUUUCCUAAGAUAUGGAGAAAAAUAUGAGCUGAUUAAAAAAGCAGAAGAUGCACUUGAUACUUAUUAUUAUGAACUUUCACGGAAAAACACUAAUUAUGAAACAGACGAAAAUAAAAUAAAAGUAAAUUAUUGGCCAGCUACGCCUAUUCGUAUUUAA